UCAAAAUGGCCGCCCACGGAGGAUGAAGAUGUGUUUGUUUAUUAUUUUGAUGAGCUAAUGUGGUACAUACGGAGUACCAAAAUUAUUGGAACAUAAUGUCUUCCGACAGUGAACCAGAUGAGUUUUUUGAUGCCCCCGAUGCUACGCCAUACCAAUCAUUUCAAACUGAUACACCACAAAAUAUUACCACAGAUGAAGUGCAGGCCACGUUAUCUGAAAUAGAAGAGGAGGAGAAAAGGCUCUUGGAGCUGAAGAAAGCUGCAGAAGAAAGGCGUCGCCGGGAGGAUGAGGCGCUGCAGUCUCGACUACAUGAGCUCCAGAAGAAGAAGGAGGAAGAGGAGAAGAAGAGUGCUAUACAGAAACAAAAAGUUAAGGAUGCUGAAAUCAGACGAAGAAAACUGGAGGAGAUGAGGGAAAUAAUCGGUGUGGAAAGUACUCCAGGGAAAACUUCCCAGGAUUCCUCACAGGAAGAGGAAAUUGUGGAUGACAACGAGGACAGCCCUGUGAAAAGCAGUAAGGGUUCACCUGUGUCCAAGAAAUCCAACACUAUUGAGAAAAUGGAGAACAGUUCGGAAGAGAAAUCCACCAUGCUCAUUCAUAGUCGACGUCAACGUUCGGGAUCAUGGGGAGACUUGCCAAAAGACACAUCUGUUUUGGUGAUUCAGAGAGAGGAUUCUGAUUCCAAGCUUAGCACCCUUCAACAAAAUAUAAAUGUGUUUCAUCCUGUCAAGGAAACGGGCGUAAAACUGUUAGAUUCAGAUUUAAGUGACGAUAAUAAUUCUUGUGAGAUUGAGACGUUGCAAGUGGUGGAUGAUGUGAUAAAAGACAGUCAGUUAUCUGGGGAUGAGCCUGAUAUUAUUAAGAGCACUAAAACAAGGACCCCACCGAAUACGUUGUCUCAGCCAGUGGCGCCCCCUAGGAGGAAGAAAUCCGGUAGACCUGACAGCAGCACAAGUGGGUCAUCAGGUGCUAACAGUCUAGAGUUACCUGCCCCUGCCAACAUCAGUGGUCAUGCUUCACAAGAUGAACAGUCUCUAGAUCUUCGUCAUAUGAUCAGAGACAAGGGUGCGCGGCACAUCUUGGCAGAGGAUGCUGAGUUGGAUGCUGUGAAAUCCGAUGUGGAAAUGCCAGAUGACAUCCCGGUAUUCUCUCUCCAUGAAGCCACAGAUGAGGAAUUGUUCGAGGACAGUGAUGAUGAAAAGAAAGGCAAGAAAAAGAAAUCGGACAGAGUCAGACGUCAGAAGUCAUCGGAAAGUAAGAAAGACAGUCCUAGAGAUCAUCCGUCUUCUCCCGAACAGCCAACAGGAGGCAGACCACGUUCCUCCUCAGGCACCCCCCUCACUGAUGAUGAAAUCCUGGCACUGGUGAUGGUGAAGAAUCUCGACACAGGGGAGACGAUCCCACUUAACCAAGCCGAGGAACACCUUCCAAAAUGUCUGAAUCCUCUUGACCUUCAUAUAGUCCAAAGAACAAAGGAAUUCAGCACCGAUGGCCACAAUGCAGGCACACAGUCCGAUGAGGAUGACAGGGCGUCGCAGGUCGGCUCUGUGGCCCAGCUCGGACAGGGAGCUCGCAGGAAAACGAAGAAGCUGAGGCGGCUUUUCGGAAAAACCAUCAGUAAAGUGAAAUCUGCCGCCGAUCAUGCUCUGUAUGGUGAUGAAGCUGGAAUUGAAGCAGACUUUCCAUCUGAUGAUCAGAUCUUUAAGAUCAAGGCAUCCAGAAGCAACAAAGGACCGUUUGACUUCUCCCAGCCUAGGGUGAUGCAAGACCUCAGUGGGGAACACAGUGGUGCUAUAUGGACUAUGAAGUUCUCUCCGUGUGGACGACUGUUGGCAACUGGUGGCCAGGACUGUGUGUUAAGAAUCUGGGUGUUAAAAAGUGCCUACAGUUACUUUGAAGAUAUACGACAGCGAUAUAGUGAUGCAAACAUCACACCAGCUCAAUCCCAGGAGAGUCUCAACACACUGGGGUCGGAGGCAUCAUCACUGGGACCAGGGUCAACCUACCAUCCAGAUGAGGACGAGGAACACGGGCCUUUCUCCAAGAAGCCUUUCUGUACAUACAGAGGUCACAGUGCCGACCUGCUGGAUGUAUCUUGGUCUAAAAAUUAUUUUAUCUUGUCCUCCUCAAUGGACAAGACAGUGCGACUUUGGCACAUCUCACGAAGGGAAUGUCUGUGUACCUUUCAACACAUAGACUUUGUCACAGCCAUCGUAUUUCAUCCAAGGGAUGACCGCUAUUUCUUGAGCGGGUCAUUGGAUGGCAAGUUACGACUGUGGAACAUUCCUGACAAGAAAGUGACGCUAUGGAAUGAGGUGUCGGGAUCAGCUAAUCUCAUCACCACAGCCAACUUUUGUCAGAACGGCAAAUAUGCAGUGGUGGGAACCUACGAUGGAAAGUGUAUCUUCUAUACCACAGAGCAACUGAAAUACUUCACUCAAAUCCAUGUGCGUUCAACAAGGGGCCGCAAUGCAAGAGGUCACAAGGUCACAGGCAUUGAGCCAGUGCCAGGAGAGUCCAAGAUGCUGGUUACAUCAAACGACUCCCGUAUCCGCCUCUAUGAUCUGGUAGACCUGACGCUGUCCAUCAAGUACAAGGGAGGAACCAACACUUCCAGUCAGAUCAAGGCUGGCUUCAGUCCGAGCGGCAAGCACAUCAUCUGUGGCUCCGAGGACCACUUCAUCUAUGUGUGGAAGACUCACCAUGAGUUCAAGUUCUCCUCGUCUAGGAGAGAUAGGAGUGACUACUGGGAGGCCAUCAAAGUUCACAAUGCAGUAGUGACAGCUGCCAUUUUUGCACCCAAUCCGUCCCACUUCUUCAAAAAGAAGCCAAUAGAGGGAGCGGAGAAAAGCCAGGAAUCUGAAGAACAAAGGGAAAUAAUCGUGUCAGCUGAUUUUACUGGAGCGAUCAAAAUCAUGACCAACUCUCCAUGUUUGUGAUACUUGAUGGUAUCCUUAGCUUUAGGCCACAUAGAGCGAUGAGUAAGACAUUGCGAUACCAGUGUGACCCUUAUUGAGGUGUCAUGAAAAAUAUAGAAGACUGAUAAUGCGUGCCCGGGAUAUAGUUUGGCAUUAGAUUUACCAUCUCCUGGAACAUUCCGAGUUGAUAGUGUUGCUGAUAGGACGCUCAAGAUCAGCUUCUAGAGUCACAUCAAAGCCUUAUUGAUGGUCAGUGUUUGGAAGAAUGUUUCAUGAACAGGAAGAUUCCCUACAUUUGUGAAAAGUGUGUUGAUAAUCUUGAAACAAGACGAAAAUGGUGCAUUCAUUCAAACUGUAGAGAUUGAUCUGUGAUGGCUCAUUUACAAAGCAGACGAGGGCAAUGGGUAGCAUUGUGGUUAGGGUGUUCUUUUAGCACAGACAGUCCGAGUUUGAUCCUCCACAGGGUGUUCCUAUGGCCCAUUUACACAGCAGACGAGGGCGAUGGGUAGCAUUGUUGUUAGGGUGUUCUUUUAGCACAGACAGUCCGAGUUUGAUCCUCCACAGGGUGUUCCUCAGAAGCUUGUGAUCUCACCGUUAUGGCUGCUGCAAACCCACUGACGAUCUGAACCAGGGUCCUGGCUGAGUAGGAUUGUCUGUAGGCCAGGACUGUGUUCACAUUAACUCACACUGGUUGUUCACCGCAUCAGAAUGUUCCUUGCAGACUUCUAUGCCAGUAAGAUCAGUUGGAUCACACUAUCUACUGAAGAAAUUAGUCCGGGAGUCGGGUCAGGAAUGGCUGUCAGAACAUGGAUGUCGUUGUCUUCUAAAUAUGCAACUCAUUGCACAUUCUUCACCAUCCAAAAGUCUACAUGUCUGGACAACAGCAAUACCAUUAAAGUCCUUUGACUCUGAUACGCUACCUCUCUGCAUGAAGGUUAUGUGAUAGGUCCAUAGAAGGUUGCGUACCCUGCGCGAACUUUGACAGCCAGAUCUUAAUGAAGGAGGUGUAGGUUCUUGCAGCAGAUAUAAAUUUUCUAAAGUUAUUUAGCUUCAUUUAUUUGCCAUCUUGAGAUUAAGUAAAGAAGGCCGACACAGAACUAGUAUUUCUUGGCUGGAGCUCCCAUUUGUAUGUAGAUGCCAAAAUGCUCACAAAUGACAGGGUGUAUGAAAUAUCAACAACAAUAAGAUUAUGUACUUUCAGAAGGGGGCAAUUUAGUCUUUGAAAGGUUUUUAGAGGUGAUAGACAUAAGGAAGAGAAUUUAUGGAUGUCAACUUCUUUAUUAUGAGGAACACAACGUUUCCGAGUCUUUGAAAGGCAUUUAGAAGUCAUUCACAGUAGGAAGAGAAUUUAU